AAUAGUUUAUGUUCAAACCACCACUACCAAAUUAAAGAUUGUCAAGCAAAGCUUUAGAUUAACCAAUGAUUCAAGUACGAAGCAUAGGAUCAAGUCAAAGCAAUCGUCCUAAUAGAACUUCUAGUGGUUCUCGUCAUAGACCAGGAUCUAGUUAGAGAUCAUUAAGUUUCUCUAAAACAGAUCUUCAUUCAAAAUAUGGAGUACCAUUAGUGACAGCUUAAAAUUUUAUUGUUAUGAAUGGUAAUAAUGGAUAAAAUUUGACAGUAAAUCAAUUAAAUAAUUAAGAGAGUUUCAAUUCAAAAAAAAGAGUCUAGGUUGCUUCACUUACAAAGUUGAUGACAAGCUAUGUAGCAAUAUAAUUAAUUAGAGAUCUAAAGAUUAAUCUAUAUUAGAUUAUGUAUGUUAGUUAUGAUGUAUACAUUUUAACAUUUAAGGCUGUUUAAAUCUCUGGAACUUCUGCAUUUCUACACCCAUAUGAUAGAAUUACUUUAUUUGAUUUAUUACAUGGAUUAAUGUUACCAUCUGGAAAUGAUGCUGCUAAUGUAAUUGCUGAAAACUUAUCAUCCUUUAUUAAAGAUCCUGUUUCUAAUAUUGCCUUAUAAUAUAGAAUUCAACCUUUUAUUUCUUUAAUGAAUCAAUAUGCAUUACAACUUGAUAUGAAUGAUACUUAAUUUUAUAAUCCUCAUGGUUAUUCUUAUUAAUAUUUCUAGGUUUAUCAAAUGAUCAAUCUUUUUCUAGUGCUCAAGAUUUAGCCAUUUUAUGUAAGUAAAUUAUUAAUGAUCCAUUAAUUAUGGAAAUAGUUAAUAAAAAAGAACAUUAAGCUACUAUUUAAAGAAAUGUAAAAAUCUAUUUAUUUCUAUUAGAAUAAACUUAUAAAAUUGACUUGGGAGAAUACAAAUAGAAUGCUAGAUUUUGAAGGAUAUUGUGGAUUUAAAACUGGAUUUACUAAUAAGGCUGGUCCAUGUCUUGCUACAUUAUUUAAAAAAGAUUCUAUUUGUCUUAUUAUAAUCAUAUUGAAUUGUUUAUCCAAAGAAGUUAGGUAUCAAUAAAUUAUUAUAUGAAGAUGGGAUGAUACCCUAAAAUUAUCAAAUUGGGCUCAAAGGAAACUUAGUUUAAGUUGA